AAAAAGUAUAUAGAUAUGAAAUAUAAAAUUAGUAAUUAUUCAUAAUCCUUGAUAAUUAGGCAUAAUUAUUGCAAUUUAGCUGUUACGAAUACAUAUAAUAAAUAAAGAGAAAUUUUUUAAAUUACCAAACAUUAAUUUCUAAAUUAUUAAUUUAACUAAUUGUCUUCAUAUUAUGUUAAGUUUUUAAAAUAUCACUAUUUAUGAUUUUUCUGAAGUGCUCAAAAGUGCCACAUACUAUAUAAUGGCAGCUUCCGAAACAUUAUUAUUUUAAUAUGUUUAAUUUUAAAAUGUCGCCAGUAAAUAAAUUAAUAGACAAGUGUUUAUACGACCAAACUGGCAAUUUAUUGUUUGAUUAUUCUAUCACGACGUUUCGUGGGGUCUCCGUUAUCACCUAUUUUAGCAGAUAUUGUGAUGGAUGAUUUGGAGACACAGUGUAUGAGUUUACUUAGUUUUGCGGUUCCUGUGUAUUAUAGAUACGUAGAUGAUAUUUUUGCUAUUGUUCCACGUGCAAAGGUUGACGAGAUUAAUUUGAUUUUUAAUAGUUAUCACCAACGUUUAAAAUUCACACAUGAAAUAGAGUCAGAUUCAUAUAUCAAUUUUUUGAACACCAGUGUUAUCCGUUCCAACGGAAAAAUUUUAACAAACUGGUAUAGAAAAGCUACGUGUUCCGAUAGAUACAUAAAUUUUUAUUCAAACCAUCCUUUUAAAUAUAAGUUGAACACCAUUUUUAAUCUCGUUGACCAUGCUAUUUUACUAUCUGACGAUCAGUUUCAUGGAAAAAACAUUGAUGUCGUGAAGCAGAUCUUACUUAAUAACUGUUUUCCGACACACGUUAUAAAUCGUUAUAUUUGUAAGAGACUGAAUUUUUUGAAACACCGGAGCAAUAGCAUUCUGGAUAAUGGGGAAAGUGGUACAGACAAACCCUCCUACAUUGCACUACCGUUUGUCGAAGGCUUGAGUGGCGAUGUUGGUCGGUUGCUUAAAAAUAUGGGAUUUACAGUGGUUUACAAUAUACCUAAAAAACUAAAUUCAUUGAUUAAACGUGGCAAAGAUGGUUUACCUAUUAGCAAUAGAACGGAGGUUGUUUAUAAAAUAAAUUGUAAGAAUUGUAGCGCUUCGUAUAUUGGCCAGACAAAAAGACACUUAAGCACCCGAGUCAAAGAACAUUGUAAUAAUAUAAAAAUGCACGCGAGUAAUCUAUCCGUAAUCAGCAAACACAAAUUAGAAUUUGAUCAUGACUUCGAUUGGUCAGCGCCUGAUAUUCUACAUAACGAAAAACAUGUAAGAAAGAGAGAAAUAGCUGAAAUGUUUUUUAUUAAAAAAUUUGACAACACUAUUAACUCCCAAAAAGAUACAGAGAAUUUAAACAACAUAUACGAUAAAUUAAUAAAGGUCGUUUAGUUGAUCUCAGUAUUCCAAACAUAGUGGUUGACACAAUGUCAGUUUGACAUUUCGAUUUUUCUCUUUCUACUUUUUAAUUAUAACUUUCACUUGAUAAGGACCAAAACCAUAUGGUCGAAACGUCGUGAUAUAAUAAUCAAACAAUAAAUUGCCAGUUUGGUCGCAUAAGCACUUGUUUAUUAAAUUAUUAAAUAACCACACAAUGUGAACCACAUACUUGAGGU